AUGCUGGGGUCGACAAUACCCCUGGGGUUCAGAGCCAGCACAUCGACGCUGCGGUGUCUGACCACAGGCACGUGUCGCCGCUACGCCUCGAAGUCGGGGCGAAAGACAUCACAGCCAAAACCCAAUCCAGCGGGUAAAGCUUCGUCGAUCCCGUCCGGUCCGAAAUCAAACCAGAAACACCCAUCUACCAGCUCUGCGUCUCCGUCGAAGGCGCAAAAGUCGUCUCAACAGAGACCUUCGACGUCAACUUCCGGAACUCCUCAUCAAGAUCAUGCGAAGCUGAAGGCGGGCACCGCUACUUCUGCUGCUGCCAAGUUGAAAGUUCAACCUCCGAUAAACAAAUCUUCUUCUUCUUCGAAACCAGCGCAGAAGUCUCAGCCUGCUAAGGGCACAAGAACUGCUGUACUUGUCAAAGCUGCCACCAACCCACAGGAGAAUGAUAGGAGAUCGUCGGUAAUUGGAACGGCGACUGAGAACAAUGGAUCACCACCUCAGUAUGCCUCUCCCCUUCCCCCGCAAUCGCAAGAAGAACCAUCCAGUGUCAACACACCAUCCUCUGCUCCUCCUCCCAAGCUCAUCGCUCUGACACCAGCCAAACUGCCCCCGCCAAGCUUGAUACGGCCCUCCGGGCACGGCCUCUCAACGAGCAAUACUGGACUUGCGCCGUCUCUUCCAACUUUCCCUGCUGGAUAUCGUGACCCAUCUCUCCCUCGAAGGUUUCGACCUUCCACAGAGGACGAAUGGGGAUGGGAGGAGAUUAAGUCGGAUGAUCCAAACUAUAUCGUGCAGGAGAGAUUUGUGUACUGUCUACCAACCCUUUCAUCGGGAUAUGCGACUUACCAGAUCAUGGGGGGUUCGGCCUUUGUCUGCUUUACCUGUAUAGUUGCAUUCAUUCUUUACCAAACGGGAGAAGCACAACGGUAUGCUCAACCUCGAGAUCCAGAUUCGCUUAUGGGAAAACUCAUGGCUUUUCCCGUUUGGCUCAUGGGCACACCAGUCUUCUUACCCCUCGUCUUUACAUUCUUUGCUGGCGGUAUCGUGUGGCUAUAUAAAGGUCAUCUCAAGCCCGUCAAGAAGAUCAUCCAGACUCGAAACAGGCUGAGAAGACUCGCUAAAGAUGAGCGAGGCAAACCUUUACCUGGACAAGAGACCGUGACGACUUAUCUCGUACUGAGAAACGCUGAAGGUCUACCCAAAUGGUUCAGAUUCGUCUCGGGAAUUCAACCGUUUAGGGAGAUCAACGUCAAUGACAUACAGCUUUCGUGGUACAUUAAAUCUGACCGUCUUGUUCGCAUGGACAUCACUGGCGAGUCUCGGCGGCCUCUUUCUUUCAAUAACAAGAUUCUCAUUGGAUUCCAGAAACCCACUGAACCUCAGCUGAAGGCUGCUGAGAGGGAUAAUGAACCUGUUAUAGUGUCCGUUCAGAGGUUGGAAGCCGUCUUUGGUAGAGUGAGAGGAUAG